AACCCACGACGUAGCCGCGAUCCCAACUCAUCACGACUCGACAAAACCCUCGCUCUACAAGUUAUGCCACCACUUCCACUUCCGCUUCCACCGACGGCCUGCUUCCUGCUUUACUCUUCCGCCGCCAUGGUCUCCCUCGCCGACUCAUCCUCGAGUCCCUCGCGAUCGCGAAUCCAGCGUUCCCUUGGUCGGUCCAUGCGCACCGUCCGCUCCAACCUCUUCCGCAACGACCCGCCGCCUGGCGCUCCUCCGCCGUCGCGCUCCGCCGCUGUCUCUGAGAAUUUGACCGACUCCGUCGUCGACUUCCAGCUUCAGCAGCUCGCGAUCGGUCCCCUUCGCCCUUCUGAUGCCAAGUCAGCGAUCUUCUCUGCGGAAACUGUGUCCGAGAUCCUCGAGCUCUCCCAGGGUCUCUCCGACUGUUCUAGCUUCGACUCUGAUAUCUCCGGCGAGCUUCAGAGGCUAGCCUGCGUCACCCCAUCGGAGGCGCCGCCGAGCCAUGCUGCGCCUUCCGAUUCUGAGGCGUUCCAGUACGUGUUUGCUUUAUCUUCGUCGUCCUUGGAGGUCCUCGAGAGCGCUACGGUGGAGAGCAUCGAGCCGGCGACUAGGGCCUGUGUCGAGGGGCUUGGGGCGUCGUCCCCGGAGGUGAAACGGGCCGCGGCAGCGGGGAUAAGGCUCUUGGCGAAGCAUCGGUCUGACUUCCGAGCGCUGAUUGGGACGUCGGGAGCGAUUCCGGCGCUCGUGCCACUGCUGAAGAGCAUGGACCCUGCGACGCAGGAGAGCGCCGUGACGGCGCUUCUCAAUCUUUCGCUGGAGGAGGAGAACAAAGAGCCCAUCACGGCCGCGGGGGCUAUCAAGCCGAUGGUAUACGCGCUGCGGACGGGGACAGCAGUGGCCAAGCAAAACGCAGCCUGCGCGCUGCUCAGCCUGUCGAUGAUCGAGGGGAACCGGGGAACAAUCGGGGCGUGCGGGGCGAUUCCGCCGCUGGUGUCUCUGCUCGUGAGCGGUUCGAGCCGGGGAAAGAAGGACUCUCUAACCACGCUGUACAAGCUUUGCUCGGUCCGGCGGAACAAGGAACGGGCGGUCAUCGCUGGGGCUGUGCCUCCACUGUUAGAGCUGGUGGGGGAACGCGGCGGUGGCACAGCCGAGAAGGCGCUUGUGGUGCUUGGAAGCCUAGCAGCGAUACCGGAGGGGAGGGAGGCGGUGGUGGAGGCGGGUGGGAUCGCGGUGCUAGUGGAGGCAACGGAAACAGGACCGACAACGGGGAGCGAAUUCGCUGUGCAUGUGCUGCUGCAGCUCGCCGCCGAAAGCCCCCGUAUCCAAGGGCUCCUAGUGGGCGAAGGCGCAAUUCCACCGCUGGUUGCGCUGUCGCAGUCGGGCUCAUCGCGGGCUAAGCGCAAGGCGGUGAUGCUGCUGGGCUACUUGCGGGAGCUGCGGUACUAGAACUAAUCUGCGCCGGCGACAGCAGGGUAAAAAUUACUUGGUAACGUUAAGCACUGUACAAAUUUUACCAUUUGGUAUACAUUUUAAGCAUUAAUAGGGGACUGUUAAUAGAAGUAAUGGAGUCUGAGUGGACUAGGGCAAGUCUGGGACUGUGAGUAAUUGUGUGAAUAUAAUUUUGGCUGUUUAGUUACCAAAGUCUGACAGUGUGCUUAUAUGCAAGUGGCCACUCCUACAACGUUUUCCAGAUGUGUGAUAUUAUGGGUCUGGAUUCUCUGAUUUGGGCAAGGUAAAUACAAGAUUUUUAUCUAGCAUAACUGAAAGUUUUCAUGAAAUUUAGAUUGCUUUGUAGUAGAUGGUGUUUACUAGGAGUAAUUUCUUAUAGUCGCCAAUGCUUGUUGCAUUGUUGCUCUAAAGGAGUGUUCAAUGUGACCAAAGGAACUCACUUGGGAACCAAAACCUAAACUUGGCUCUGUGACUCAAAAGAAACACUGGUUGAACCAUAUUUUCGUCUGGUGCAAUAGAUGAAUCAGAGAUUGGAGGGUCCAGCCAAUAGCUAGCGCAUUGGUUCAUGUUUAAAACUCUGUUCUUUGUCGAACAGGAGUAGUAAGGAGGGACCCUUCUUAGGGUUGCCCUGGUGCAAUAGAAAAAUAGGGAUCAGAGGGGUCGUCCCCCAGUUCUCAGACUAGUUCAGGUAAAAAAUCCCUCUUCGGUGAAUGGAAUCUCAUGAAGGGGACCCAUAUAGAAAAUCCAAUGGAGCAUCCUUUUCAACUCUGUAGAUGACCACUCACCUCAGUGGCCUGGACCAAUGAGACGGCCAGAAAACUGAAAAAGGGACCUCCAUAUGAAAACCAUAGCAUUCCGGUUCAUCUUUGAUCAAGUUGCAUGAUAACUUUUGCUUUGCAUCUUUAGUUGUCAUUGUCAUUCUUUAUGCAUGGAGAGUUUGCAGGAGCUGAACUAACUACAUGGUAAGUGACACUUAAACCACCCAAAGCUGUGUUAAUGACAGGAGUCAUCUGAAAGCUACUCCUAAAGUUUCAAAUAAUUGCACAUUGAAACCAAUGCUUGGGAAGACAUUAUUUUAACACUGUGCUGUCCCUGAUUUGUAUUUGACCAGUUGCAGACCCCACGUGCGGUAGAGGCCUUUGUAUUAGGUAAUAACUUGAGAUAAGUUGAUAAAACCAUCGAGCUAAGAACUUUGACUGAGCAUGAAUAAUGAACUUCUCUUCGCACAUGUUCAAUUUAAAAGAACCAUGUAGUGUAAGCGUUCCAGGCAUGUUCCCCUGCUGGCCAAUAAGACAACAUGGGCUUCUUUAUCUGUAAAUUUAUUAUAGGGGGUCCAACAUUAUAAAAAUAUUUGUUUGCUACUUUGUGACAUUGUCAGGUAAUGACUGGUCAGCUGAGAGACUUCGAGUAUAGAGAAAAAAAUAAGGGGGGUAAAUCACAAUGGCUUUUAUUUUGUGUACUUAAACAAAUAUAUUUUGUAUAUAUACGUAUUAUACAAAUAUACGGAAUUGAUAUAUGGUUUGCAAAUAAUUUUGUCAUAUUGAUUCCAUUUUACUGAACAUGCUCAAAUUCUGCAUUGGCACAAGGUUGAUCAUUGAUGCGUAGAAACUAACCCUUCCUCACAGCCUCUUGAUAAGAUAGAAUCCCACAGGCAAGACAAUGCUUUACUUGCACAACUUGGCUUGUGAAUAGCACCUGCAAAUUGCAGUGAUGGCCUCUGCUGGAUAUUUAUUGGUAAGGGUUCUGUAUUCCCUUGUUGCUACCUUGGAAAUUCCACUGCAUAUUUGUUUGGUAAUCUAUCCACUGGCACAAUUUCAGGAGUCAUUAUUGUCUUACUGCACAAAAACUCAAAUAUUAUUUGCAACAAUUAUUGUAAUCUCUUUGGUCCAGCGUCCCUUUGUAGAUAGAUAUUUGCGGAUAAGAUAGUGAUAGCUAGUGCCUAAUUAAUGUGUUUUUGCGGCUCUGUUUGCUUUAAUUAUAUAAAGCAACAACAGCUGUGAACCACCAUGAACUACCAAAUCCAAACUAAACUUUGACAUAAAUAAAAACAAUUAUUUCAUAUCCUUGUCUGAUGUAUGGAGAUGGCUCAUCCACCACUGCUACAAACAUUUAUUCUCCAUUUCUUUUAUUUAUUUAUUUAUUUAUUGUGUUAAAGUGUGUGAUUGGGGUCAAAAUAGCAAGUGAUAAUUGCGCAAUAGUGAGUUGGUUACACCAUCAUCAUCCACCAUUUACUGACCAUGCUGUACUGUUUGGUUGAUUUGGAUAUUAAUGUCUUGAUCAUUCUGUAGUAAACUAAAGUUUAAUGGAAAUUUAGUUUGGCCACUGAAGUUGAGUCUCGAUCAGUUUGAUAGCUUUAAAUAUUACAAAUUGGAAUGCUUGUUCAAAUUGUUUCAAGUUGAUUAUGGACUUUAUAUGAUCUUUAACAGUUUGGACCAGAAAAAUGAGAUUCUCCACUUGUAUCUUAAAGGUGCAAAAGUCAAAAGGGCAUUUUUUGGGGGUGAAAUUUAUCAAAGUUGAAUAAAGACAGGUAGUUAGUUCUGACAAACUUAGUAUGUAAAAGACAAUGUUCACAUGGCACAUGAAUUGGAAAAUGACCAUUAGCUAAGUCACUUCAAGUUUAUAACUCCACACAUACAUUUGAACGAGAAAAGACAACUAUCUAACUCAAUGAAAACAAGCACACAAUAAGUGUCCAGAAGAAAUAGUAUGAAAUUAGAUGGCUGGGAUUUAAUGCCAUCCGUGUAGAAAUGACAAUAGUAUUUAUUUAAUUCCAAAAAAUAAUAUUUUUGAGAUAUCUUUAUGUAAAAAAUAUAUCAGUAAUGUGAAGUUUUAAUACGAUUAAUAUUCUAUUUCAUUAUUUUGAAAAAAAAAUAAUAAUAAUAAUAAAUUAUACCUACCGACUUCCCUCCAAAAGGCCAAAGCCCUGUUUUAAAAUCCCAUAUGAAUUUUCCCACCAAACUUAAUUUAAACUCAACAAAGUUGUUAAUAUAUAUUGGAGAGGAGACUGUCGUCUGUGAUGAAUCGUCUCUUCUCUCCCAAAAUAUAGAUUCAAUUUGUGCAGAUGGGUUCAUGAUUGCCUUCAGGAGAGAUCCAUGUUAUACUGGGCAUGAUGGUCGCCGAAAAGACCACCUCCUUGCACUGCCAGAUCCAGGCUGAGGGCUGUGGAAGAUCGGUGGCUAUGGUUAAACCUGAGAGGGAUAUGCAGUAUGGACUCGAUUGUGUGGUCCCGCAUGAUGGUGUCAAGAUGCCAUGUUUGCUCUGUCGAAACCUUCAGCUCUACGAGAUAAAUUAGGAGAUGCAGCCUACCACAAGGUCUCUAUAAUUACUCUCAGAGCGUAGCGCAGAUGGUGGACGCAUGACAUCUAUGGCGUAAUGACUAGGAGUCAAUUUUCAGGAACUGACGAUCUGGGAUUUAUUCCACCGUAUAUUUAUAGCCUGUGUACUUGUAUUUAUCUCUCUCUAUAUUCAUAGAGUUAACAUUAAGGGAACUGUUAAGAUAGCA